AUGGAAUGCCCCAUUUGCCUGGAUGAGAAACCCCCUGCAGAAUUUCUGCAAUUUGGGUGCGAUCAUACCACUUGUAAUGAGUGCUUUCAUGCGAUUGAAGAGAAAGCUAAGCAAGGGAUUGGGUCGCUUGAUGGGAUUCCGUGCUGUCCGCUUUGUCGUGCUCCGAUUGUCACGUGUAAACCAUAUUUAGUGGCUCAGGCGGAAAAUGAUACCAUUGAACCUGGUAUUUGUGCUUUUCGCAACUUUCUCGAAAAUGCUGGUCUUGACGAAAAGCGACAUCAGAUUAAGGGGAUGGAGUGGUGCCUUCGUCGGGAGCUGAUUCCUCGCACGGGUAUUAACACAGGCGGUGUCAUCGCUGACGAAAUGGGACUGGGUAAGACCAUUUUGGCACUCGGUCUCGUUGUUAGCAAUUUUGUCGAACAUACGCUUAUCGUUGUGCCUCCGGCUUUGCUUCAGCAGUGGUAUGAUGUUUGUGUCAAGUUUCUUCGUGCUAAACCCGUUGUCUACCAUGGUCCUCAGAAGAACACUAUUUCAAGUGAAAAGUUGAAUAGUGCUCCGAUUGUCCUUACGACCUAUGGUAUGAUUUCGGAGGUAAAGAACCGUGACGGACUUUUUACUACUGGCAAGCUUCAUGAAGUGGACUGGGGCCGUGUUAUUUACGACGAGGCACAUCACCUACGAAACAAGAGUCGCAAAGUGUCUGGUGCUCUCAAGUUGAAUGCUGGCAUUAAGUGGUUUCUUACUGGAACACCAAUCCAGAAUAAAACCAAAGAUGUCAAGAAUAUUAUGACAUUACUUGGGUUUAGUCUUAACAAGCAAGUCUCAAAUGCCUUUCUCAAAAAGCACAUUUUAGAGUUUACCUUGCGUCGUACUAAGUCUCAGGUCGGCAUUCGCCUUCCACCCAUCGAGUUUCACAACAUUCACGUUGACUGGAUGGAUGAGAAGGAGCGUCAGAUUUCAGAGGAAGUGCAUGAAGCCAUUCACUUUACUCCUGUGAACCGUCGCAACAUCAACCGCAUUAUGCGUGAGAUGACAGCUAUUGAUAUGUUACCUCUUUUGUGUCGUGCUCGUCAGUCAUGCAUUCAUAGUGGUCUCUUUUCCAAUAAGAGGAGUCUAUUUCGUGUUAAAGAAGAGGAAGAUGUGCCAUUUCAGUCUUCCAAAUUGGAUAUGGUUGUCUGUUACAUCAAGAAUCGCAUCGAUAAGGGCAACAAGAAGAUAGUGUUUUGUCAUUUUCGUGGCGAGAUUGACUACCUUAUGAAAGAGCUUACAGAGCGUGGUAUCGAUGCUGACUAUUUGGACGGUCGCAAGAGCAAGAGUGAUCGAGACGAUAUUCUUCGUAGGUCACCUGACGUAUUGAUUCUACAGAUUAAGACUGCUUGUGAGGGUCUCAAUCUUCAGCAAUAUCAGGAGAUUCACUUUACCAGUCCCAACUGGAACCCAGCUGUGGAAGACCAGGCUAUUGCACGCUGUCAUCGAAUCGGUCAAACGAAACCGGUAGAUGUCUUUCUCUACGCAAUGAAGCCGUUUUCCAAUGAUUUCCGCAUCAACAAGCACGGACAAGCAGUGCCCAUCAGCUGGAACAUUGAUAUGUACUGUCGCGAGAUUCAGAACAUCAAACGCGAUAUUAUGAACGAUACCGGAUUCACAUCAGCGACACCACGACUUCAACAACAACGUAUAUUGAUGCAGGACGUAAAUUAA